AGGGUGCACCUCAGAAUUUGAAAGCUCCUCCAAAUGCACCCCUAACUGGGAGACCAGGGAACAUUUUAUGCCCAAGUAGCAAUAUUGCAGCUAAACAUAAUAUGCAUUUGACUUCUGCUCAAUUUGCUGAGAAAUCUUAUUUGAAGGAUGAGAGUUUUAAUAGAGCAGAGAUUCCAAGUGAUCAGAAGACAUUGAAGGUUCGAAUUAAAAUGGGGUCUGAUAAAAAAGAACAAAAAGUUGCUGCAGUCUAUAGUGGUCUUGGGCUUGAUUUUUCUCCAUCUUCGUCAUUGGGGAACAGUCCUGAUGAAAGUGGAGGAACAUUAAAGAUAUCUCAAGAAAGCAUUCUUCAGGUUAUGACUUCCAAUCAUGUCCCUGGUGUUGUGCUUAUAUCUCCUCUUCAUGACAGCCAGCUAUGCUUAUUACGAAAGGAAAAGGAAAGACCUUCUAGAGAAAAUAAAUCUAUCCCAUUGCUCAAGGCAUGUCAAAAACAUCCUUCCGUGUUAAUAAAUGAAUCUGUUUUGGGUAAUAGAAAACAACUAAAUGAGAAGAAAACAAUUUUUUUAAUCGAGAAAAGUGAAGAGAUGGUGGAAUCAAAGCAUGGAAAUCGCAUGAAUGUUGAGAGUGGGAAGACAUCGCUCAUAAAAAAGAAGCAUGAAACUGAGAUUGCAGGAGGAGAGUCAUUUCCCAAUGACUUGAAACACACAGCUCCAACUAGUUCAGUGAAUAUUGCUGUGGAAGCCACCACCAGGGUCUGUGAUGUCUCUGCAGAAGCUAAUCAAAAUGCAUUGAGGGGUGGAUUGUUUUCCUCUGACUCUGCAAAGGAGGAUUCUUUGGAGUCAAUAUCUGGAAGGAGCAGAUCGAGUGGCAAGAGAAAGAAGCGGGAUAAGCGUAGUAUUUUAGAGGAAACGGGUUGGGAACAAAGUGUAGAUAAUUCCAAUAAGAAUGCUUCACUUGACCUUGGGGACAAUGUUAGAAGCAAAUGCUACCAAAACUCUGCUCCUUCUAAGCUUGAGGAAGAUUCAAAAACAAAGGUUGGUCAGAUAGCUAAAUUUCGUGUACAAAAUAAAAUAAGUAUCUCUUCCAAGAAGGAAAAGACAUUGUUUGAGGGCAAGAAGUCUGGAGAAGUUGCUAAUUCGUUGAAGGAAAGCUUGAAACCUGAUGUGGGUGUGACCCUUAAAGAUACCACUAGUUCUAGUCAAGGUUUUUCUUCAGGUAAAGAAAAGAUUCGGAAAUUGAAGUUACAGAAGGGUAUUAAUAAGGUCCAAGAUAAUCGUAGAGAUGCACCGGAAACAAAUUCCGAACAGAAAAGUUGCCAGAUGGAGCCAACAAUAAAGCAUUUUCAGAAUAGACCAAAAGAUUAUGGUCCAGUGGAUUUUGAGACAGAGCAUAAUGGCUAUUUGGAUAAGUCAAAGGUAAAAUUUAGUGGUUGGACGGUUGAUAACCAGCUUUUGGGAAUGGAUGCUCCAGAUGCGGUUCCUCACCUCAAUGAUAAGAGACUUGCUGCUCAGACAGCUGCAACUGCUCCUAUAGUCAUAGAAGAAAAUUGAGUUCAAUGUGAUCAUUGUCACAAGUGGCGACUUUUACCUUUUGAUACUAGACCAGAACAACUCCCUGAGAAGUGGUUGCGUAGCAUGCUUAACUGGUUAUAAGUUAUUUAGAUAAGCAUCUAAUAUAGGUUUUGUUGAAUACAUGUCUUUUUGUUUGAGGCCAUGCUAUGUGUCUGUUUAUCUUCUUGUGUGCACAUGGUCCUUGCAAAUAAUUAGAAUAACCUGGUGAAACUGAAUAACAGGUACACGUAUAGAUGCAUGUCCAUGUGUGUGAACAUAUGCAUUUAUAUUUUUCCUUUGCUGAUUUCUGUUGUUGAAAUAAUUGUAUAGGCCAAGAAUGAAUCGGUGUGACAUUAGUGAGGACGACACAACAAAAGCUCUCAAUGCAUUAUACCAGGUUCCAGUUGCUGAGAAUCAAAAUAACCCACAAAAUCAUGCCAAUGGAAAUGUGUCUUUAGUUACUUCAGCUCAACCUCAGCAUCUUGAUCAGAACAACUCUAGUUUUAAUUCUCAGUCCUUUUCUGUUCAAGGAAAGAAGAACCAUGGUCUUAAGGAAGUGCUGAAAGCAGGUAGCAAUGGCCUGAAUCAGAUGUCAAACUCUAAAAAAAACAACAGAAGGAAUCUUUGAAAAGUGAGACUAAGAAAGCAAAGAUGAAAAACAAGAGGGAGUCUGGUCCUUAUGCAUAUGAAGGUUCAAAGAAAAGAAAAGCAGAAAUAGAAUAC